AGACAUGUUUAUUUUCGCCAACUCUCAAUUCCCCAGUUGCUGUUGUUGGCGAGUCCAACUCUGCAUAUUGUGUUCAGAUUUCGUAGCUUUAUGAAAGUGGUCACGAUGGCAAAGCUUCAAACAAUGUAUUCCUUACUCGUAGUGUUGGUGAUGUUUAUUCGUGCUAUUCACUCGGCUGAAUCACCUGAGGAUGCACAAACGGUUAAAACCGAAGAAGUAAUCAAAGCAAAACGUGAACCCGGAUUGUGUACUAACGACUGUGUGUACCAUAAUGAUGGUUUUUGUGAUGAUGGUGGUGACACGACUAUAUUCAGUUUAUGUAUCUAUGGCACAGAUUGUGCAGACUGUGGAGAGAGACGUGUGGGCCAGGCAAUAUGUACUGACGACUGCUAUCGCACUGAUGAUGGUGUGUGUGAUGAUGGUGGUGAUGGAUCUCAGAACAGUGAUUGUGACUACGGCACAGAUUGUGCAGACUGUGGAAUAAGAACUAAUACUAAUUUCCUAUUUCAAGUCGAAUUGUGUACUGAGACCUGUGAUUUCUCACACGAUGAUUACUGUGAUGAUGGUGGUGAUGAUGAAAAUGACAUCGGUGUUUGUGACUAUGGCACAGAUUGUACAGACUGUGGAAUAAGAACUGUUAGUGGUCGAUGAGCAAAACGGUCAGCAAAGGAAUCGAAAAAUGGAAUGUAGGAGAAAGAAAGCAUAAUAAAAAAAGAAUUAAAAACCGUUAAAUGUUCAUGUUAUAUUUUCAUGUUAAAGUAGUUUAGUUGGAAUAAGAGUAUAAGGGUAUAACAGUUCAUCAUUAAAGAAAACCAACAAAUAAAUAGUAUUGUUAUAAUUGUAUGUGUAAUAAUUGAUCUCAAACUACAACAGAUGACUUUCUGCGACUGAAAUGAGAAUGUUAUAGUCAAUAAAAUGAUGGCAAGUGAA